AUGCAGGUGCGACGUGUAUUGUAUUUUCUGGCUCUAAUUAUGAGUGUUGCCUCAGUUUGCGUGGCGGCUGCUGAGGCUGGGAAUUCCCGGAGUUCUUCUUCUUCAUCUUCUACCUCAGUUGAUAAAUGUCUUCCUCCUCCUGAAACUGAUGCUGCUGUUGAACGUACUGCUGAUACUCUUCGUGAUACUAAUACUUAUUGUGCUAAUCAGCGUCCUUCUAAUGCUUCUCCUGCUGGUAGUGGUAAUGAUGGCUCUGUUAAUCCUCCUCCUCCUCCU